AUGUCAUACUUUUUUGUCCGGUCGCUUGUAUCGUUAAAGUCCCCCGCUGAAAACAACACCACCACCCAAUGUCAUAUCAUUUGCCCUUAUGAACAUUUUAGCAGAAGAAUUAGUAUUAAAUCUCAUACCGACGGAGCGAGGGGGGUGACGCCCCGCUGCGACUUCACGGUCACCAGCAUCGACACGGCCAUCGUGGACGGCAUCAUCCUGCGCGGCAGCCUGCUACUUCCCAAAGGCUUGGAAGGUCCCUUCCCCUCCGUACUCCUACGGACGCCUUAUGGUCGCAAAGCCGAGAUGGGCCAGAGCGUCCUAGCGCGACAGGGCUAUGCGGUGCUGGUGCAAGACACACGUGGCCGCUUCUCGAGCAGUGGCGAGUUUGUGCCUGUGCAACACGAGCAGAUGGAUGGGGAGGCGACGGUCGCUUGGAUGCGGAAGCAGCCCUGGUGCAGUGGCAAGGUCGGUGUCACAGGCGCCAGCUACUUGGGCUUCACUGCCUGGGCCUGCGUGGACGGCGCCCAGGUGGACGCCAUUGUCCCCAUGAUCACGCAGAGCAACAUCCGCAGCGCGGUGUUCCGCCCGGGGGGCGCUGUGAGCUUCGAGCUGGUGGUGCUUUGGUUCUACUUGGUCCUGCAUCUCAUGAAGGACUUGGGCCACGACAGAUGGUCAUUCUUCAAGAAGCUCUGGCAAGGCAUGCGCGAGGGGAAGCUCCGGAGGGCCUUCGCUUCGCUGCCCAUGAGCAAGGUGGAUGAGAUCAUUUUGGGGUCCACCAACAACUUCUUGCAAGAUGGCCUCUCCGCGCACGGUGAUACAACGAGCCGAUUUUGGGAAGGCAAGGAUAAGCUCUGCCGCUUCGACAAAGCUGUCCCUCCGUGCCAUAUUCUCACAGGCGGCGCCAGUGAGAAAGAUUCAUUGCGGUUGAAGGCUCUAAAUUCGCUGGUUUUUAAAGAGCACACCUUUUGUGACAUUUUCAGGGAAACCAAGAGGAGGGGGGAAAAAAUUGUAAAAAGGGGGGGCCCGGGGGGUGGCCUGUUGAUGGUUGCCUGUUCUGGUUUUUAUGUUAAUCUCAAAUCUGUGUUCCCCCUUAUUCGUUUUGAAAAGGGUGUUUUUAGGGAGCUUAUAUAUCGUUUUCGUUAA